CCAGCCGUCUGGUUUCCUAGGAAACAAAAUCUUGGCUAGAAAUAGUGAAUCAUUUCCAGGUCACUUUCAACAUGGAGAGUGGAGCAGGGAAGCACUGGACUGAGGAGGAGGUUAAAGCCUUGCUAAGCGUCUGGUCAGAAAAAAAUAUCAGAAAGCAACUGCACGGCACCCUGAGGAAUAAAGGAAUAUUUAUCUACAUUGCUAAAAGGUUACAGGAGUUGGGAGUGUGCAGGGACUGGAAACAGUGCCGUGCAAAGUACAAAAACCUGAAGUACGAAUACAGAACGGUUAAAUAUGCCCACAACUCUGGGGAUGUCACUAAAACCAUGAAGUUUUUCCAUGAUCUGGAUGCCAUAUUGCGAUAUGAGCCUGUCACACAAUUAGCAGCAGAAGAAAACGGCAGGUGUUCUGCGACUGAGACGCAGCCGAACACAAGCCCCACAACAGACAGCACGCAAGGUGAAAUAGCAGUUUCUUUAGAAGAUGAGGAGGAUGCUCCAGAAGAUCCACUACUUUUUAUGUCUCAUGCCAGACCAGUUACUCUAGGUAAUCCAGCGCCAGCAGUAGAGGCUUCCAGACCACCGACUUUUAUUCCUACAGUAGCAAAUGAAGGAGGGAAACACUGGACUGUUAAUGAAGUCAGAGCCUUGAUACGCAUAUGGUCAGACAAAAAUAUCCAGCAACAACUGGAGGGGACAGUGAGAAAUAAAAGAAUAUUUGAACAGGUUGCUGCUAGACUUCAAAAGUUUGGAAUUGACAGAGACUGGAAGCAGUGCAGGACAAAAUACAAAAAUCUGAAACAUGAAUACAAGAGUGUAAAAAGUGCCCAAGACUCAGGGAGUACGACUAAAAGUAUGAAAUUUUUUAAUGAACUGGAUGCUAUUCUGGGGCACUGCACCAUGGAACAAGCAAAUAAAUCAGAUAAUGAUGAAAGUGAGAGGCCUCCAGAAUGGACAGAAGCAAAAUCAGAAAAGGAUUCCAUAGAAAUGCCUGGAGACACAGGUGAAGAGGACUCUGUUAGUAAUAUAUCAGAAGACUUACAGGUUGCAGAUAUAAAGAAAAUUCCUGAUUCAGAUGAUGUUACUGUAAAUACUACUCCAGAGGAUCGGGCAGCUCUGCAUAUAACAAAAGAAACAGCUAUGACAAAAAUCCUUGAAGAUGAGGGGGACUUUGCCAACUCCACCCCAGGAGCUCUGGAAGCCACACAAAUAAAGAAAGAGACUAUUGAUAUAGAUGAUGAUUCUAUAAGCACUACCUCAGAAGAGAGAUCUUGUACACCAGUAGCAAAACGGAUGGUUGGGACAGACAAUCACAUUCCCUUGGAAGAAGCACAAAAUCACUUUAAAGUUAUUACAGUUAAUGAUACUGGAGCAGGAAAACACUGGAGUGAUAAUGAAGUUAGGGCUCUGAUAAACAUAUGGUCAGAUGAAAAGAUACAACAAAUGCUUGAAGGGGCCACAAGAAAUAAAGAAAUAUUUGAGGAAAUUGCCAGAAGGUUAAUGAAACGUGGUAUAGACAGAGACUGGAAACAAUGUCGCACAAAGUACAAGAACCUAAAAUAUGAAUACCGUGCACUGCAGAAAGAAAAUGAGCAUCUUGGAAAUCCCAGGAGAAAAAUGCGAUUCUAUGAUGAAGUUGACUGUAUCUUAAGAAGACAACCUCUGGGAACCUCAGGCUGGGGAUGUGAAAGUUCAAGUGUCCUAUCAGUUUCAGUGGGAGAUGCUACAGCAAACACAGGAUCUUUGAGUAUCAAGAGAAAAACAUGGAAUGAUGAGGUGUCACCUGUUCCACUUAAGAAAAGUGCUUCUGAAAAUACCAUUCUCCACUUCCAAAAGCUAUUAACAGAGAGAGUGCACACAGUAACAGAAGGCAAAAAGUUACUGUUAGAAAGGCUUUGUAAACAGGAAGAAAUGCAAGACCUCAACAGAACACAGCUGUAUGCUGAUCCAUCAGCUAUACAACAGUGUGACUGUCCUUCCUGAAGAAAUAGUAACCUAAGGGAAGCAGUUAGCACUGCAGAGGYGACAAACUUCACUUUAAAUUCGAUAUGAUGCAGAAGGAUCCAAAUCUAUCCAAACCUUGCUGUCAUUCAGUACAAUGCCCCCCCCAAACCAUUUCUCUCCUUCCAGAAAAUAAAAAAUAAAGACUUUAAUUCACUAAAAUCAGCAGACCUUUCAAGAAUACGKAUCUGUUUUUAAAUGUUCAUGUUCAAGUGAGAAAAGCAUGAAAGCACUGGGGCAAAGGACUCGCUGAAUUCCAAGCAGUUCACAGCAGAGAACUGCAGAGCACAUUUGCAGUCUUUACUUGGAAAUUGUUGAUGUCAACACUAGGUGGUAGACAUGAAGCAAGAACUGACAAAAAAAAAAAAAAGAACACAAGUGUGCUUAGAUUCCAAGUAAAGGGUUUUUUUCCUUCAGGAAAGCUUCCAGAGAUCAGGAUUUAUCUGACAAACAAAUGACCAAAGAAGAUGGACUUCCCUUUGUGGGGGAUUCCACUUCUAUUCAGCUUUGAGACAGCAAUGCACAAAUUGCUUUUUAAAAUUGUUUUGUCAGAAGGCUGUCUGCUGCCAUGUUGUUCAUUGUAUUUUUAUAUCCACUGAAGCUUUUUCUGUGUCUCUGCUGUCUGUGAUCACAGCUGUACAUUUAUUGGUUACAYAAUAUAGAGUCCACACUUAAGGGCCAGUUAAAUGGAACUUGGGACACCAUCUGACACAUACUAAAUGUUGUUAUGUUAGGUUGUGUGUAGGGCACUACCACAGGACKGCAGAGGCUUGGGAGGAGAGCCUUUCUUAGAAGAGAGCCUUUCUGAUCCUCAGCAGAAAAGGCCAGACCAAGUAGCUGAUCCUGGGAAUCUUAAUAUAAAUUACAUCAUGAAAACAUUCCAGCUUAAUAAUCAAAACCAAGUAAUGAUGGCAAGAGCAUCAAUCCUAUAAAUAACAGAUUUUUGGUCUUCUCCCUCCUGAAAUAUCUGCAUUAUUGCCAGAGGACCAUUACGAUUAGUGUGAGGGCAAAUCUGUCUCCUCCCCAGUUUGCAAAUAGCAAUACUAAAAUUUUUGACUUGUAGAGACAAAUGGAACUAUUACCACUCUGACCUACAUUAAAAACCUUCAUUCUUCUCUAAAGCACRCUCAUUCACUAAGAUGAAUGGGUCACUUCACACAUCAUUGAUAGGGCUCUUACUCUGGAAAUUCCUCUGAAUGCCCUUUUAGAUUAUUGAGAAACUGGCCAAAGGCAUUUAGAAUGCUCUUCAGGAAGCAGAAAUGCUUGCACUGAUGGUGGAUCCMCAAGCACCAUCAGCAUCACUGGCUUUAAAACCUCUGCCUUCAGAGUCAUCCUUUGUUUCUUAUGCAGCAAGGUCUUUGUGAUGGAACAAGCAUCCAUAAGGCCAAGGGGCUACCCAACUGACAGAACUGAUUUAAAUUAAAACAAACAUAAUAAAAAGCCCCUCCAAACAAYCCUGCUUUAUUUAAAUGGCAAUGGUAGUGUAAGACAUGGCACACAGUGAAGCCAGGACAGUUUGUAUGAACUAAACUAUCCAGUCUGAACAUAGGUUGCUGCAUACAACCUCCCUCCAUGCAUGAGGCUUGAAUUUAAGGUAUGGGCAGACAAGCCAACCAAGCAAUCCUGUGAAAAUUACUGGAGAGCUAUAUGCCUACAUGGAUGCCUUAUCUACUUUGAUGCCAAAGUGAAGAAGAAUGAACAGUCUCACACCAGCUCUCUAGUUGGGUCAAUGUAAUGGGAAGUCUGUUGGCCACAAUAAACAUAAUGGCUGCCUCUGAAAUGUCCUCUUGUAUCUGGUUUGGCACCACUUUCCUCCUGUUUUUUCCUCUCCUUCUUACAUGAUCUCAUUCCAGCUAGUUACUCCAYAUCCAGAGAUAAGAGCUUAGACCAAACUACAUUAUGUGACAUGUACAUUGAAAUKAUUUCAACUUGGCUUCUCUUCACUUUCCCAAAAAUGAGUGUGCAGGAGCUUGAGCCCUGCAGGAUGUUUUGUAA